CUUCUGCGAUGGUGCUGAGGCGACGCGAGGAGUCCAAGGGUCAGCAGCACCCCCCGCUGGCCUCGGAGACCCCCGCCCCAAAAUGGCUCGCGAGGUAGAUCUGAGUUUCUUGGACGAGGAGGAAGCCCAGCAGAUCUUCCACGUGCUGGAGCGGAACUCCCGGCUCAAAAGGGCCGAGAGGGAAAGGAUCAGCAAACUUCACAAGAAAAGAGAAGAUUCAACAGGACUUCUGGGAGUGACUGGAGAGUGGUUUGAAGAAAUACAAAAGAGAAAAUUUCAGAGUGAAACGGACAUCAGCAGAAUGAUUAAACAACCGCUAGCGCACAGGCUGAGAAAGGCCAUGAAAACUGAUUCUACAACUGUGAAGCCCUCUGCCUCUCAAACCCCCCAAGCCCAGAAACACGGAUCGCCUUCCAUCUUGGGAGGGCUGCGGACACCUUUUGUUUCUCUGUUCUCCUCCUUCAGGAAACCCAAAAGGCAGCCAUUGAAGCCUCUGCCAUCUCCGCCUCGGCAACACCAUCACCCUCCACGAUAUGACCGCUUUGUUCCGGGUCGCCGUAUGUCUUCCAAAGCGGAAGAAAUGGCAAAGACUGAAACCUGCAACUCUCCUUUGGCCACUAAACUAACAAAUAAGAAGUACGAUGCCAAGCAAGCUGAGGAAGACAACUCCUCUACCUGGAAUGACCAGCUGGAGAACGAGCUCUUACGGGUUUUGGGGAAUCUGGAUGAGCAGUUGGCACAGGAACAAGCCCAAGGUCAGGUGAAAAGGACUGCAAACGACUACGGCUACAAAACACCAGACACCAAUCAGUAUCCCACUGUUACCAGACAGAGUUUCCGGAGAGAAGUACAGAGGACUAACCGGAGCAUGUUUUUGCCUGAUGGGACAAGGACCCUGAGACCCAGUGAGGAACCCCAAAAUUUCUUCCGACCAAGGACACUUUACGAUACAUAUAUGAAAAAAUACCAUGUGGAAGACUAUGCAAGCCAGAAUGUUUUGGACAGAAGAUCUUCUGCUUCAAAUAGAUGGUUUUCUACGCGUUCUCUUGGACAUUCUUCUGAAGGCAGCUUGGAGCACCUUUCAGGCCCGUGUAGCACUGGGUUUCGACGCAGGGACUUCCCAUGCACAAACACAGUGAGCAGAAGUUAUUCUUUGUCUUCACUUUCUAGGUGCCAUUCUUCGGGAUCUGCUGAUGAGCUUUCCACAGAAGAAGAUCAGCAACAUCUUUUGGCAGCAGAAGGCAACAGAAGGUUCAUGCAGAGGAACUAUCACCACCGUUCCAAGCGAACUCCCUUAUCGUCUGUUGUGUGGAACACCCCGCACUCUUCAGAACGUUCAUUCGUUCAAGACAGGAUACUUCGGACACAAUCAUUAAUGGACUUCGGCCCUAAAUUUGAAGGUACCUAUACUUGUUCUCCUUGGGACAAUACGAAAUAUGAAUUUUACCGAUCAAACAUCAACCAGAGAAGAUCACUGCCAAUUCCCAGUCAUUCAAGCAGGGUUGGUUAUCCUGAUAAGCUUACAGACUCUCUGUGUUUUGAUAACUGGGAAAAGAAUGCAUUGCAUCAGCCUAAAAGGAAUAUUGCAAGCCCUCUAUACAAAUAUUCGUCAUUGCGUGGUAGGAUGCCCCUCUUCAGUAAGAGAUUUGCUUCUGGAAGAAUGGAAGGGCAGCCUUUGGGGCCUGAUGGUCACCAGUGUUAUAGCGAUGACCCCUUUCUCACUUCUAAUGCUGACUUUGAAAGGAUUCCAACUAAUCGGCAUGACUGGCAAAAUGCCUGUGCAAAAAACACGGGCUUACAACAAUGUGAGAGCAAUGCUCAAAAUAAUGUAGAGGAACACAUGAGGAACGUGGAUCAUUUAGAAGGUGAAACAGCUGAAGGUUUUUUGAAGCACACAAGAAGUGUAGAGAACCAUCUAAUGUAUACUUCAACAUCUCCUUUGCCAUUCAUCAGAGCAAGACCUUCCAAUCAGCCUGUCCUAUCUGAUUCCAAGGGCCCAGCAAAAUAUGCAGCACAAAGGCAAAAUCUAUUCACUAGAUCUGGACAAUCGCUCAUGAAGCCUUUAAUAACACACACAGAAGCCAAAGAAGGUUUUCAAACAGUUGUAUCAGAGGAGUUGAGGGAUACUGGCCAGUCGAGCAGAGCAGGCAAUGAAGACUGUGAAGAAGAGAUGUCGGGACCAGUUUCUGAGGAAGUGUAUACAAACUGUCCAGCUGAAUGUCCUCCAAAGAACUCUUUGUCACACAGCAGUACAUCUCUUAAACGACCUGUCUCGCUGGGUUCAAACAUGCAGGCCAAAUCAGCUUCCUCAAGGAAUACUGAAAAAAUAUAUUUAUCAAGCACUCAGAACAGGAAUGGACAAAACAAGGAAAAUGAACAUGCUUUAAACAGAGACCUUGAUCAAAAAUCUCCUUCUUGGUCAGUUGGGAGCAGAACAAGGGAUUCGUUUAUUCAAAGCUUGCAGCAUGGGGCACGUCAUUCUGAGAGCUUGAGGGUUUCCAUGCACAAGAAGCAGCGUGAGAAUAUUCGCUCACCUGGUUUCAGUAGAGCCUUGAAAGUAUUUGAAUGUGGUGCCUUAUCAGACCCUUGUACGGAAAAGCUAAGCCAGCACCGUAGUUUUGUUAGACAUGCAACUAGCAACAGUGUCACUAGUUCUCCCAGUAGUAGCCCUCCUAAAUCUCCAAUUACAUAUUACACCUUACCUAGAAAAUCUGCCAGCAUUGACGGUAGUGUUAUAUCGCGGACACCCCUCUCUUCUCCUAAAAGAAGCGUUCCAUUUGAAAACCGGGCAGCUAUGAAAAAUAAUUUGGAGACACUGAUAUCAAAUAGAAGUGAAAGAAUUUCUUGGAGUCAAAGAGACAAAAUUGCCUUGGCAAACCCAGCCCAUUCUUCAUUACAUAAAGAUGUCACCAAUGAAGGGAACGUUCCACGAACUGAAGGUCACCAUCCUAACCCUGCCGUCCAUGGAACCAAUCAGAAUGUCAGAAAACUGGAAAGAAGCACAAUUUCAUGUUGUCUAGACAAAUCAGAAACCACUGUGCUUUCUGACGGUGAAGAAAUGGAUGCAGAAAAAUCUUUGCAGAAAUGCAAAACUACCAGCAUGGUUACGGUUAGCGUUGACGAAGAUAAUAUCAAAUACCACGAGCUGAUUUCAGUUUAUUACACAUUACCACGGAAAUAUUCAAGAACGCUGGGUAAACUCUUUUUAGAUGACUCUAAUAGUGGAGGUUCUUCCACAUCCUCAGGAGAGAACCCCUCCCAGAAAUAUGUUCCUGCUGGUUUAGAAGCUACAGGCUUUCCUUGCAAUUUUGAAAAAGCAGAUUCUCCUGCCAAAAUAUCUACCACUCCUGGUAUAUCACAGAGCUCAAAAAUUCCAGAUCAAGGUGAAGUAGAAGGCCGCCAUGUUAGAAGUGCCAUUACGAACUUGGUUCUUGCUCCUCAUUCACGGCUUAUAGAGAGUAAUAGAAAAGAGGCAGUGGAACACCUAAUGCAUGCUGAGGCACUUAGUGCCAACAGACCCCCCAGCCUUACCACAACAAACCUGAAAAGUCCUUCAGGGAAUGUUACUGCACUGUCUUCUACCCUAAACACUAGGAACGUGCAAAAAGAGAGUCCCUCUGGUUGUCAGCCGUUGGAUGAAUCAAGUCUGAGCAACAACCCACACAUUCAUUCUUCUGGUCUGACGGAUAAUGGAAAAAGGAAAUGUACUUUAGAUCUCGCGACUGAUGCCCCCGUGAGCUCUACUGAAGAGAAAAUGAGGGGAGAUGCAAGGGUCAAGGAACGGGCACGUCACAUAUGCCGUAUUCUUGCCCUUCAUCGCAAAAAGGAGAACGGUUUGCAGCCAAGAGAUGAAAGUGUCACGAGAGGCACGGGUGAAACAUUAACUUCGCAGACCACUGUGCAGGCAUAUUCUGAGAAUCGGACACCUCAGGCGGAAGCAGCUACUGCAGUUAAUACCUCACUUCAACCAAAUAUUCCUGUCACCUGUGUUUUGAAGUCUCCAAACCCUAAGCAGGAACAGAUGUCGCAGAAUAACCCAGCACAUACAGUUUGUACAAGCUCACAAAUAGCUGUGAGUAGCUCAGUAGAUAGCCGGAACCUUAACUCAGAAGAUCAGCUCCCAGAUACCACACUAGAUUUGCCUGAUCGUUCAACAACUGAAAACAACCUUGCCUCGGACAAUGCUCACGGUGAAACAGAAAAAAGAAAAAACAGGUCUUCCAUUAAAAACAAACUGACGGGCCGAAGAUUUUCUAGUAAGAAAAACUUUAAUCCUAAGCCACACGUGAGCAGUAUAUUUUCACAGAAUGAUUCCCUUUCUUCAGAGACUAGCGGACCUUUGUUGAUUUCAUCCGACGUUCCCCAGUCCCUUCUGCAAAUUGGGGUUCAAGAUCAGAAUCAGAACCCUCUACCUGCUGAGCUAAAUAGCACCAUGUCUGGCAAACCUGAGAAUGAGAAAUCACAAACUGACGAGGGACCUCCUUUGCUUCCCAAUGAGAACAGGAGGCCGUUUACAAACUUGUGCAAUCAGAAAAGGGAAAUUGACGGUUCCAGACACAGUGAUAAAAACACGGAGAACAACCCUGCAGGUUUAUGUCAAAAAAGAAGCGAGUCCACCCUCAAUAAUUCCCAAGCUCAUAACGAGGGUCUAAAAAAUAGCACUUGCCCCUUAGUUUCCAGGGUGGCCGCUGGAGAGCCCAGUCAAAAGAACAAAGUUACCACAGCGGUUGGCGAGUCUUCCUUGUUUUCCCCUUCAUUUGAUAAAAACUCAAAACAACCAAAGGCGGUUUCCCUGACUGGAUACGACCACUAUCAAAACGUUAAGCACCCAAAUAGGUUGAAAAGCCAAAACCUACCGCAUGCCGAGCCAAGUCCUAGCAAACCGCAGCGUGAACGCCAUUUUUCUGAGAGUUCCUACACCCGGGAACCCCACAAGAUCCUGACCCCAAAAAGCAGCCUGAGCCACCACCACCGUAGAAAAUUUAAUUCCUAUUCUGAAUUGUUGUCCUGUGAUGAGAAUGAGAAUUGGGAGGCCUACAGUGACCGUGAGAGGACCUUUGGAUCGAGGCAAUUGAUGUAUCCGUCUGUUGACUUUGGCAUUUUCGGGAAAGAACAACAGCAAGCUUUCUUGGAUAAUAUAAAGAGGUCACUUACUGAGGGAAGGUUGUGGAGGCCGUGUCUUCUGAAGAACCCUGGUUUCCUGAGGAAGGAAGAGGGCUGCUCCCUGAGCAAGUCUGAGCUUUUGAACUCAAGUUUUGCUGAGGGAAAUAAGUCCAAAGAAGGUUCCUUGGAAAGGAAACCUGUCGACGUCUGUGAGGAAGAAGUCCCUGUGGGUUACUCAGAAUCAGACUCUGACACCACUACAGAUGAUGAAUACUACCCAAAUGAGCAUGAUAAAGAAUCUGAACUUUGAGAGGCUGGGAAAUGAGAUGAAGAAAAAGCUUUUAUCUUAAAAUGGCUUGUUAGUUCUUGGGCUGUUUGGUAACAUGUUAGGGAUUCUGAUGCACAGUCAUUGAGAUCUGAUUGUUCAAUGCAAGCAUGGCUGUGAUCACUGGGAAAACCACAAAAAAAAGCCCCCAUUUUUGUUCUGCUAUAUGCACAACCAGUCACCUUUGCAUGACCCUUAAAAGAAUGCUGGCUGUUAUGGCUGCGGUCUGGUCAUUUUAGCACCUAACGUUUUUCCACAUCCAUGGCUGGCAUCUUCAGAGGGCAUGUCACUGUAACAUGUGUUUCGCUCCAUGGCACAGCACAGUGUGAAGAUCAGCACAUCUUACUGUGACAUGCCUCUGAAGAUGCCAGCAACGGAUGCAGGCGAGUGUGUUUUGGCUUCUACCUGCAAAUAGCACCUGUACGGGAAGAGGUCUUUCCUAGUCCUUGUAGCUACAAUCUUAUUUUUAAAAAAAAACCCAAAAAAAUAGCACUGAUUGGACAUGAGACCUUCAAUAUGUAAAACAGGACACACCACUACUGAGCAACACCCCCCUCCUUUUUAUUAUCCACAUGCUCUAGUACAUAGGUGUCAAACUCGCGCCCCUCCAGAUGUUAUGGACUACAGUUCCCAUCAUCCUUUGCCAGAAUGAUGCUGGCAGGGGAUGGUGGGAACUGUAGUCCAUAACAUCUGGAGGGCUGCGAGUUUGACACCUGUGCUCUAGUAGGUCCCCCUAUUCUACUAAUGGCCAAACUUGCAUUCGCAUGGCGAGGAGGGUGGCUUUUGUGAGUCAAGACCAGCAGGCCAUGGCCACAACAGCCCAGAAAACCCACAAUAGCCAGUUGAUCCCAGCUGUGAAAGCCUUCAACAGAAUGAUUGGGCAGUGGCAAGGCCGUUGUCUUGGACCUCAGUCUCACAAGAGGCCUCAACUUUAGAUGCUUGUAAACUUGUUGCCAUUUGAUAAGUCUCACAACUUGUAUUUUAUAUACAUCAUGUCAUCUUUUGAUCUUAUUAUGGCAAGGGGGUCUUAAAGCUGGAAGUGGCCCGGUCCUUACAAAACCUCUGAGAGGGCCCCUGUGGUGGAAAUGAGAACGUAGUAAAGAAUCUUGGAAAGGAGCUAAUCUUCCUUUCAAGGCACCUGUGUAAUGGGCAGAGAUCAGUUCGAAAACUUUUCCUGCACUGAGAUGGAGAAAAGCUUCACCUGCUGAAUAUGUCCCUGCUAUGUAAUUGUUGAUGUAUGUAGGUCUUUCUGGAGGUGGGCAGGGUGACCAUCCUUGAGAUUUGGCUUGGAGAUCUCCCAGAGUUAUGACUGAUCUCCAAACAGCAUCAGUUCGCCUGGAGAAAAUGACUGCUUUGGAGGAUAGCUAUUAUGGUAUCUUGCUAAGGACCCUCCCUUCACACAGAAGCUAACCCCAAACAUCCAGGAAUUUCCCAAUGUGAUGUCGGCAAUCCUAGGGAAACUUGGACUCUUAUAUUCAGAUAAAGGUGACCAUCAGUCUUUGGUUGGGACUGUCAAAGACUUUCAC